AUGGCCGCUGCUGCAGUGUCCCCCAAACCCCAGCAGGAACAACAACACCACACGCCCAAAAAGUCUCCCACCGAGCCUAAUGUCCUAAAUGUCGUCUUGGGAAACCUUCAGAUCAAGCCAUGGUAUCCUUCAUUCUACCCUGAAGAUCUCGUCGGCAGGAAGGCUGAGCGCCUCUAUGUCUGCGAAUUUUGUUUUCGUUACUCGAAAGAGCUUAUGCCAUACCUUGCGCACAGAAGAGUUUGUCCACUGAGAGACUCGCCGCCGCCUGGAACAUUGAUAUAUCAAACUGCCGACCAAUCGAUAUACGAGAUUGACGGGGAAGAGCAUAAAUUGUAUUCCCAGAACCUCUCGCUAUUCGCAAAGCUCUUCCUCGACACAAAGUCCGUCUUUUACGAUGUCACCACUUUUCGAUACUACCUUCUCGUGCUCACCAAUCCGCAAACCGCCGAGAGACAAGUCGUGGGCUUCUUCAGCAAGGAGAAAAUGAGCUGGGAUAACAACAAUGUGGCUUGCAUUUUGGUCUUUCCACCCUGGCAGAAACGUGGCCUGGGCCAGUUGCUUAUGGGCGUGAGCUACGAACUGAGUCGGCGUGAAGGCAGACUUGGUGGUCCGGAGAAACCCCUAUCGAGUCUCGGAAGAAAGGCUUAUCUGGCAUACUGGUCAGCCUCGAUCUGUCGAACCAUUUUAUCGCAUCCUUCAAAUCGAUCUUGGACUGUUGACCAGAUCGUUCAGCAAACUUGGAUUGCUCCCGAGGAUGUGGUCAUGGCCCUGAGCGAGACGGCCAUGAUCGAGCCGAACAAAUUGUCCGAUGGAUCAGUCGUCUUGGUCAGGGGCAAGAUCGAAACUUUGGUUCACGCACACGAGACGGCGGCGGCAACACCGGCAAUUGAUAGGUCUGCGUUUACGCAGACCUUUCGCGAUCAAAAACACGAGCACGAAGCUCGAAGAUGA